AAAUUAAAUUAAAUUAAAGAAAAAGGUGCCACCUUUUCUAUCUUCAUAUGAAGAACUGAUCAACCAACCUCACCACUGAUUACUGAUCACCCUCCGAUUCAGUUGGCUGCUAUCCUACGUCCCCAUGGCUAUGAUGCGAGCCAAGGGCCGCUUAACCACGGCGGACCCGCCUCCUUCUCCAAUCCCAACCGGUAGAGGCUCCCGCUCUGCGGCCAACCAGAACUUCAUCCAAUUCCUCGACAGGUCCCUGCAGAUCCCGGAGCUCACCGCGUUGCCGCCUUCGGGCUCCGGCACACGUCACCAACUCCCGGCUGUCGUCGACUUCCGAUCGCUCUCCGCCGAGUCCUUCGCCCGGCUUCUCGCCUCGGCCAGGCAGUUCGGCGCGUUUCGGAUCAGCAAUCACGGGAUUUCGGCCGAGGAGUUGGGAUCCGUGGUUCGGGAAGCCGAGUCGGUUUCCCGAAACGACGGAGUAAUCGGAAAACGAUUCAUCGAACGCAUUGGGAAUCGCGAGGAAAUUAAAUGGCGCCCGCAGGUAUCGGAUGACAAAAUAUAUCGGGACUUAUGCAACAAUAUGGAGAAGGUUGCAAGAAAAGUUCAGGCAAUUGCUGAGCAGCUCAGCCAAGUUUUUAAUGGAAAUGCAGAAAAGCAAUUUGAGAAGAUUGGAAGUGAAAUGGGAAAUGUAAAGUUAUUAAGAUACAAUCACCAAGAUCAUUCCAUGGAGCAAAACCCUAGUAAUAAUUUUUUACAGAAUGAGAUAAAUAAUGGCAGUCACAUUCACAUGCGCGAGAGCGAUGAUGAUCAUGCUUUGUGCCUUCACCUUCCGCUUGAGCACUCUCAGUGUAAUGUCCGAUCAGAGGGAGGCUCUGCAUUGCUGUUUGAUGCAGGGCCAGAGACUCUAGUCGUCACUGUUGGAAAGCAACUAGAGGGAUUUAAAUGUGUUUCAGGGGAAAUGAUCUUUGUCCCAGACAGUAGAAGCCAAGCCUCUUUCUCCAUACAACUCAAAGUUCCAUUGGUUUCAAAUUCUAGAAAAAUUUGUAAGACAGUUUCCAUUGCUGAUCAAAUCAUCAUUGCAGUCAUUCUAUAUGUACUGUACACAUUUGUUGUAUUUACAUACACACACAUCAUCACUUCAUAGAAACACACUAUACUUUCCUUACUCUCUUUUUUGGGUGAGAUAAUUGAUUGGGGUUUGAGGAUUUCAAGGAUUUUUCUUUCUCCUUGUCAUCAAGAAACUUACACAAGGAUUGUGUAUAGUAUGGGAUCCGUGGCUUGAAGGGUUUUGGUUUGUUCAUUCCUUUGAAUCGUAUCGUACAUCUAGAUUUAAAGAUUUUGUGUUGUCAGUUUGUCGAUUUGUUGCAGGAUUGUUGCAUCUCAUUAUUGUAUGUAUUGUGUUGUGAAUUUGUAAACAUUUUAUGCAUUGUGGAGUUGUACAAUGUACAUGUUCAGCUUAUACAUGCAACUGGUUUUCAUUUCUUGGA